AAUCCAAAUCGAUUUUCUCCGACCUGAAUUUUUUAUUGUGAGAGGUUUCCGAUUUGAAAAGAAGGGGAAUCGAAGAUGGCGGCGGCCGGAAAUGGUACGGCGGCGGUUUGUCCGGCGCCGAUGAAGGCGACUUCGGACGGAGCAUGGCAAGGAGAGAACCCGCUCAAUUACCCGCUGGCGAUCGUCCAGAUCUGUCUUGUCGUCCUUGUUACUCGAGGACUCGCCUUCGUGCUCCGCCCGCUUCGCCAGCCACGCGUCAUUGCUGAGAUCAUCGGAGGCAUAUUGUUAGGCCCAUCUGCACUGGGCCGAAACAAAACGUUUUUAAAUAACGUCUUUCCAAAGCGCAGCCUUACAGUACUGGACACCCUCGCAAACUUCGGCCUGCUUUUCUUCCUCUUCCUCGUGGGCCUCGAACUGGACCUACGCUCCAUACGUCGCACCGGCCGGCCCGCCCUGGCCAUCGCAAUCGCCGGCAUCUCCCUCCCAUUCGUCAUCGGCAUCGGCACCUCCGUCGUCCUCCGCUCCACCCUCAAUCCCGAAGGCUCAUCAGCUCCUUUCCUCGUCUUCAUGGGCGUCGCCCUCUCCAUCACCGCCUUCCCUGUCCUCGCCCGCAUCCUCGCCGAGCUCAAACUCCUCACCACCGACCUCGGCCGCAUUGCCAUGUCCGCCGCCGCCGUCAACGACGUCACCGCCUGGAUCCUCCUUGCACUCGCCAUCGCCCUCUCCGGCUCUGGCUCCCCUCUCACCACCCUAUGGGUCCUCCUCUCUGCUGCCGCUUUCGUCAUCGGCGCCACCAUUUUCCUCCGCCCCGCCCUCUCCUUCGCUGUACAAUGCUCACCUGCCGGCGAACCCGUCCGGGAAUCCUUCAUCUGCGCUACCCUCACCAUCGUCCUAGCCGCCGGCUUCAUCACCGAUGCCAUCGGAAUCCACGCUCUCUUCGGCGGCUUCGUAGUCGGCGUCCUAGUCCCAAAGGACGGACCUUUUGCCGCCGUCCUCAUCGAAAAACUAGAGGACCUCAUCUCAUCUCUCCUCCUCCCCCUCUACUUCGUCUCCAGCGGCUUAAAAACAAACGUCGCCACCAUCUCCGGCGCCCGCUCAUGGGGUCUCCUCGUCCUCGUUAUAACUAACGCCUGCCUCGGAAAAGUGUUGGGCACCUUCCUCGCCCCUUUCUUCGCACGCCUCCCCGUUCGAGAAGCCCUCGCGCUCGGUUUUCUCAUGAACACCAAAGGCCUCGUCGAACUCAUCGUCCUCAACAUCGGCCGCGACCGCAAAGUUCUGAACGAUGAAUGCUUUGCCAUUCUCGUCCUAAUGGCUCUCUUCACCACCUUCAUCACUACUCCCACCGUAAUGGCCGUCUACAAACCCGCCCGCCAACUCUCCGCGACCCCUCACAAACACCGAACCAUCAGCCAUGGCGAUAACUUCUUCCAUGAUCUCCGUAUCCUCGCCUGCUUCCACGGUAGCCGGAACAUCCCAACUUUAAUAAACCUCAUCGAAUCAUCCCGGGGCACUCACCGCCGCCGCCUCAUCGUCUACGCAAUGCACCUGAUGGAAUUCUCCGAACGCUCCUCCGCCAUUUUCAUGGUCAACAAAGCCCGCCACAACGGCCUCCCGUUAUGGCGCCGCCAUAACUCCCCCCACGCCGAUAUCGACCAAAUGGUCGUCGCCUUUGAAGCAUACCGUCAGCUCAGCAGCGUCGCCAUUCGCCCAAUGACGGCCAUCUCCGACCUCAACACCAUCCACGAAGACAUAAUAGCCAGCGCAGAGCAGAAACGCGUCGCGCUAAUCAUUCUUCCCUUCCAUAAAGUCCAGCGAAUGGACGGCCGGCUAGAGUCGAUCGGCGAAGCACACCACCAAAUCAACGAGCGAGUUCUCCGCGGCGCACCGUGCUCUGUUGCUGUGCUCGUCGACCGCGGGCUCGGCGGCGCCGCCCUCGUAGCAUCCAGCAUCGUAUCGUAUUCAAUGGCUGUGCUUUUCUUCGGCGGUCCAGAUGAUCGUGAGGCUCUCGACUACGGCUUGAGAAUGGCGGAGCAUCCCGGAAUCUCUCUCCUCGUUCUUCGGUUUUUGCAGCGAGAUCCUGAUCCCGACGACGAAAAAUCGGUGGCUCACUUCCAGUCGAAGAAUACAUCUGGGAGGUACGAGGAAGUGGCGGCCGACGGGACGGCGCAGGUGGCGGCGGCGAUAAUGGCCGCCGGUAGGUUUAAUUUGUAUAUUGUCGGUCGUAGGGCGAGCAUUGCGGCGGAGGCGGCUUUGGUGGAGAGAACGGACUGUCCGGAACUUGGGCCGGUGGGGAGUUAUCUGGUUUCGCCGGAAUUCUCGACGGCGGCGUCGGUGCUGGUUAUUCAGAGAUAUGAUCCCAAAGUGGGGACUGAGGAUUCGUUGGCGCAGAUUUAUGACGCGGCGGACUCGCCGUUAUCCGCCGCUACGCCGGAGGCUUGCGACCAUCUUUCAGCAUAAAUUACGACCGGUUUGCUGUAAAUUAAAAUAAAUUUGAAGGAUUAUUUACGUACCUAGCGCCUAAAUCUUACGUACAAACGUAUGAACCACCUAAAUUUUAAUCACUGAAAAUAUAGGAAUCAAUGGUCUGUAUUUAAAAUUGAAGUUUGGAUGGUUGAUAUGUUAAUACAUAAGAAUUGGGUGGUAUGUAAAUUAUG